GUCGUGUAGCGUCUCGUAACAUAAAUAAUAUGGCGUCGUUUUAAUACAUCGUUUUGUAGAAAAUAUUAUUUGUAAAUAUUUGUAGACUCUAUGAAACAGCAGUAUAGCGUAAAUAACAAAAUGAAAAAGUCUCCUUUAAGUACACCGAGUGGUAGUAAAGGAAAGAAAAAUUACAAUUGGAAGUCGCACGAACAUAAAAAUAGAACAGGUUAUAGUUAUGUUAAAAGUGAUAGUUAUCAGUGUACUUCACCAAAUGGUGGUCAAAGACAGUCUGGAAAUGACUUUAUUCCUUUAAAUAUUAGUACACCAAUGCCAGAACAGAACAGAAGACACAGUAGUAAUUGGCAUGGUUCUGGAGGUCGUAAUCAUCGUAAUUCAGGUAGUGGUGGAUUUAACCAUUACAGGAAUAAUUAUCAUGCAAGCCCAAAAUCAAAUUUCAAUAAUUUAUACUCUCCUUACAAGCUCCUCAGCAAGCAAUUUUAUAAUCACAAAAAGGGAUACCAAAAGGAUUCGCGCAAACAGAUUGACAUAUCAUGUUAUUUAGAUAUGAAAUCUUUUUUAGAAGAUCCUUGGGCAGAAUUAACGAAAAAGUUAAACGAAUCGACAGAAACGAACGAAGAUGAAUUCCCUAAACUUGAACAGUUGUUUUCACCACAAUCGAUUUAUGUAGAUUCAGAACCAAAUUCUGAAUGUAAAUCUGUAACAAAUGUUGAUAAUUCUUGUUUUAGCCCGGAAUCCAAAAAUGAAUCUUCCGUAGAUGUAAAUUUGGGAUUGAAUGAUACAAAUAUUAGUAGUAGCGUAUCAAGAACAGAGAGCUCGAUAGAUAUAAAAUUUGACAAUGUAAGAUUUAGCGAAGAAUCUAAAAAUAAUAGCAUUUGCAAUAAUAAUGAUAAUACUAGUGAAAAUAUUCGAGAUGAAAAUAAUGUUAAUAACAUUUGUAUUUCAAAGACAGAUAUGGUUCAGAAUUUUACAUAACAGUAACAAAAGAUAAAGUGCACUUUUAAAGAGAAUAAUUACUCUUUAAUCGAGUGCAAGAUAUAUUAAAUUUUGUAUAUAUGAAUAUCAAUUGUAUAUAGAUAUUGCUAAAUCUAUGAAACAAUUGUUUCAAAUUUUUGAAAUAA